AUGGCUGUCGAAACCCCUGUCCUUUGGCUACAAGGGGGGGCCAUUGUUGGGCAUUGGGUCUCUUCCAGUCCUAUUAAUUACGGCCCCAACAAUAAUUGGAAAUUAUCGAAUAGACAAGCAGGAGCGUUUAUAGGAGCCGAGAUGGCCUGGUUAAGACGGAAGCAGCAACAGGUACCGGAACAAUUGGACAGCUACAUCCGGCACAGGUACAAACCGGUGCCUGGUUCUGGAUUCAAUGGGCUGUGGAUGGGACGGUUUGAUAUGGCGGUGAGGCGGGCGGCUUUGAUCUGA